AUGGCUGAAGGUGUAGAUGAUUGGACUUGCGUGUUUGUCUCUAGCCUACGUGCCGACCUCACCAGUAUACUGAACGAGACGUCUGAUGAGGCCACCCGGUUACCACCUACGACGGAUUUAGAUGAAUAUAUCAGCCAGCCGUUCCCCCUUAACCUCACACUCCUGACACAAGAGGACCGAAAGCUGCUGGAUGAUACUGGCGUUGAAGUAUGGAAUGCAUGUAACCUAGAGUUUGUAAAACCAGAGAGAAUCAACAAAGCGGAAAACCUAAGGGACAUGUGUAAAGUGAUAGUCAUUGCAUUUCUUCUCCUUGAAUGCGCCAUUGAAGAUGGGGUCCAGAGCCCAGACUAUAUUCGGUUGUUCGAUGUUGGUUUAAAGAGUGCUGGGAGAGUGAUCGAGAUAGAGAUGGGCCAUCCGGACCUUGCCAUAAAAGUGUUUGAAAGGUUAGCUGGGCAUGAUGCGAGAAUUUCCCAAAUCGGAUCUGAAGAGCUAUGGAAGGACCCGACCGAGCAACUCUCUAAGCCUUCUGCGAACCCAAUUCCAUUAUCUAUACAGGAGAAUCCUCAAUGGAGAGCCAAGGCGGUUCAUAUCCUUUGCUGGAUCGGGAUAGCGAAGAAAAAUAGGUGUGAUUCCAGCGCUAUUGAGUGGUUACAACGUUGCUAUGACAUUAUUUCGAUGGCGGAGCAGGAUGGUUUUAGUGAAGCGUCUAAGGCUCUUCGACAAUCCGUCUUGCAUGAGCUUAUACGAGCAAAGCUAGAGUUACAGAAGCUUACGGCGGAGGACUCAGAAUGCAUUCGGAAUUUACUUAAUGAUUUACAAGAGGACUAUGGCUCUGAACCUAGUACUUGGUAUCUGGCAUUUGAAGUAUUCCAUGCCCUAGGGCCGUAUAUAGUGAAUGGAAGUGUACUUUGUGAUAAUCAGCUUCAGUCCCUCAUCGAUAAAGUGGAAAUUGAAUCCAACUUCAACAGCAUACUUCAUUGCAUCCACAAAUUCUGGCACUGGGAACCAGUCCUGGCGUAUCGAAUUUUCCAACGCUUGAUAACAGAGAAGAUCAAAUACAUAAAGAGCGACCCAAGUCUUCUAGAGAAAGCAAUACUCAUAUAUCUGCGGCUGUGUACAUUUGAUUCGAAUUCAGCUGAAGGUUUAAGCCAAGCCUCGAUGCUCCUCAUGUUGCUAUACUUAGAUGGGCCGCGAACUGUUGAACAUGGGCCUGAUGCUUCUCAUGCCGCACGAGUGAUAUUUCUUUCGAAGGCAAAUAUCUGUUACGGUGCAAAAGACUUCACAUUUGCGUUUGAAUGGUGCAAAUUAACCCAACACCCCGCCUUUAUGGGGCUUAUGAAGGAAGACGAAGCUAUAAUUAGGAGAAAGAUAAUGUUUUACGCACUACAUCUAGAUAAUGCAGUGCCUCUUGAUUUUAUCGAUGAGCUUGCAGAGUCCAACGAAUCAUUCAUUUAUUCACACUUCAUGGUAUAUCAAUAUGCAUUAAAGCAUGAUAAUCUUGGUUUAGUAAAGCAGAGCUUGAAAAAAAUAGUUCGUGGAACUCCAUUAGACUUCAGUAUUGUAUAUGCCUGCAUUGCAUACGCUGAGUCUUGCGAGAAAACAUCUAUGUUGUGCAUCACCUUCGGAGAGUUACUCGACGAGUAUCAGAAGACCAUGCGCGAGGCCCCUCUCCUUAAGUAA